AUGUUAAACAUUGACUUUUUAGGGGUCUUAUUUAAAUUGGAAAUUUUUAUUGCAAUUUUUCCUAUUUUAAGUGGUACAAACCAAUUAAGUAAAUAUGUCGAAAAUAAUAAGAAAUUCAUUUUUUUAGAAACUCAUUUAUUUCAUUCAAAGAAAACAUUGGACUAUUUUAGUACUGAUAUAAUUGUUGAAUAUAUAACUGAAUUCACUGAUUAUUAUAAUAGAGUAUUUAGAGAUAAGAAUAAUAAUUAUAUUUGUAAAAGAUUAUUACAAUGUAUAUUGAAAUUGGUUAGGGUAGUAUGGUUGGAUAAAAAUUCAAGUUCAGAUUCAUUAUUGAUUAUAAUUGAUUCAAUGUUUAAAUUGAUAUUAAAUGUUGAUAUUAGAGAUUCAAUUGAUAAUAAUAGUUUGGUGAUAAUGUUGGAUUUAUUAUGUCAAAAUAAAUUCUUUUCUAGAAAUAGAGGUAUUGAGCCAUUAUCACCAUUAUCACCAACUAGAAUGAUAAAUAUAAAUUCAUCAUCAUCAACAACGACAACUACAACAAAAUCAGAUAAUUUACAUAUUAAUUCACCAGCAUCAAAAUUUUCAUCAUCAUCUUCGUCAACAUCAUACAGUUUAGCAUCAUCAUCCUCAUAUACAACACCAACUAAAAAUUAUUUUUCAAAUGCAUCAUCAUCAUUGGUAUCACCAUAUCAACCAAAUACUCCAUAUACACCAUAUACACCAUUAAAUGGUAUGAUGUUUUUAUCACCAACCAAUAAUAAUAAUAAUAAAAAUAAUAAUAAUAAUGAUGAUGAUUCCUUCUCAACUGAUGAUCAACAUAGUGGUAAUAGUAGUUUAUCAUCUUCAUAUAAUAAUAUAAAGAGUCCAAUUCCAUUCAAUCAUAUAGUUAAUCCAACUACAUUAAAAGAAUCCUAUAUCCUAUUAAUACCAUUGCUUUUCUUAUAUUGUAAAAAUGAUAAAAAUUAUAGAGAAAUUAAAAAGUUUUUUGGAAAUAAUGUUAUAGAGAAUGAAACAUUUCAAUAUUUUACAACCUAUUGGUCAAUUACAACUAAACCUGAUGAUUAUAUAAGAUGUUCAAAUUUUAUAUUAUCAUUAGGUAAUAAUUCAUAUUUAUUAAAAGAUAAUAAAACAUUAUUUUUAAAUACAAUAUUUAAUAUAAUUAAUUCAUAUGAUUUAUUAAGAGAUAAAGGUAUUGAGUGUUUAGAAUUACAUUUAAUGAAUUUUUUAGAUACAGAACAAUUUUAUGAGAGAAUUAUUCAAGAGAUUUAUAAACAUCAAGAAAAGUUUUUCAUAAUUUUAAAGAAAUUAAUUGGUAAAGAUCCAAAAGUUAUCUCUAAAAUUAUUGAACCACAUUUCUCUAAAUUAUUUAAAUUAUUUCAAAAAUCAUCUUCAUUCAGUAUGUUAAAUCUAUUGGUUAAAUCAUUUGGUAAAUCAUUUUUUAAUAAUAAUAGUUCACAAAUGAAUGAUUAUAUAAAUAGAUUAAUUCAAAUACCAAUCACUUUAAAAUUAGAUAAUACACAAAAUAAUAAUCAAAAUAUUAAUAAUAUUAAUAAUAGUAGUAAUAAUAGUAAUAAUAAUAAUAAUAAUAAUCAAAAUAAUAAUAAUAAAAACGAAAAUGAUGAAGGUGAUUAUAAAAAAUAUGAAGUUUUAGAUUCAAUUGUUUACUUAAUUAAAUUAUUGGGUGGUAAAGAAAUGGUUGGACAUGUUAGAAUAUUAAUGAAACAUUUUAGAACUAUUGAUUAUAUAAAAUUAAAUGGUGCAGGUACUUUAGAGUAUGAAAGUAUUAUUAGAUCAUUGGUAUUAUUAUAUAAAAUAAUGGGUGAUAAUUAUAUUCAAUUAUUUCAUAUUGCAAUUAAUUCAAUUGUUAAAGCCAAUGAUACAAGAAAUUUAAAAAAUAUUCAAAAUAAUAAUAAUAAUAAUAAUAAUAAUAAUAAUAAUAAUAAUAAUAAUAAUAAUAAUAAUAAUAAUAAUAAUGAUGAUAAUAACAAUCAAAAUAAUAAUCAGAAUAUUGAGAAUAAUAAUAGUAAUAAUAAUAUUGAAAAUGAAGAUACAUAUUAUCAAUGUAAUGGUAAACAUACUGGUGGUAUGGUAAUAUUAGGUGAUAUUUUAACAGAAUUUAAUGGUGAACAAUUAAGAUUAUCGGAUAUUCAAGUAAUUUUAAAAUUUAUAGGAUCAACAUGUUUAUGUAAACGUGAAGGUUUAUUUCCAAUAUUUUUAGAUUACUAUUAUCGUCAUUCAUCAUGGUAUGAAUUUAAUUGUUAUAUUGAAAGAAUUUUACAAAAAGAUAUAAAAUCAAAUAUUGAUGAAAAUUAUAAUAAUAUUAUAGUUGAAGAUGAACAACAACAAAGUAAUAAUAAUAAUGGUAAUAAUAAUAAUAAUAAUAAUAAUAAUAAUAAUAAUAAUAAUAAUAAUAAUAAUAAUAAUAAUAAUAAUGGUAAUAAAAAUAAAAAAAAACAACAGGAUGAAAUUGAAGAUAAUUUAAAUAAUAACAAUAAUAAUAUUGAUGAUGAUUGUAAAAUUAAAUCAUUUAUAAAUACAUUACAAUUUAUAAAAGUUAUUGGUAAAUAUUGUCCAAAUGCAUAUACUACUAAUUCACAAAGGGAGAGAAUUAGAAAGAUUUAUAAUGGAUUAGUUGAAAAGUUACCACAAUCAGUUGUAAAUGUAUUUAUGUAUGCAAGUGGAAAUAAAAAGAAUGUUAGGUUCAUUUAUUUGUUAAUACCACAAUUGACAUCAUUAAUUGAAUCUUUACCUUGCAUGGAUGACAUUUACACUCAGUUCAUGUCUGGUAUACUAAAUUGUAUUUACAAAAGAAAGAAAGAGAACCCAUUAAUCAAUAUAACACCAUUCAUAGAGUUAAUGUUAAUUUUAAAUAAUGAAUAUGUUCCAGGUUCAAAAUCAUUUCAUUAUGAUUUAAUUAUUAAACAAAAUUUAUUAUAUUAUAAAAAUUAUGGUGGUGGUAAUAGUAAUAACAAUAAUAAGAAUUCAAAUAGUAGUGGUAGUAGUAGAAAUAAUGACUUUUCAUUAUUUAUUGAUAGAAAGAAUCCAAGAUUUUUAUUAUUUUUAAAUCAGGUUUUACCAUUAUCAUCAUAUAAAUUCUUAAAGAAAUUGGUUAUUAGUUAUCCAGCACAAUUGGCACAUUCAAUUUCAUUUAAGAAUGCAUUUGAUAAAUUAACAUUAACUCAUAAAGAAUCAAUUAUAAAAAUCAUUCAAUCAUCUUCAUCAUAUAAUCCAUCAUUGGCCGAUCUUUUAAAAUCUUUAAAACGUCCAAUUAUGCCAUUAAUUGAUGAUAGUUUUAAAAAUGGUUAUGAACCAUUAUUAAAAACAAUUUUAAAUUGUGGUAGUAGCAGUAGUAGUAAUAAUAAUAAUAAAAAUAAUAAUAAUAAUAAUAAUAAUAAUAAUAAUGAAGAUUGUAAAAGUGAAUGGAAAAUGACAUUAUCAUUAGUUUGUAGAGAUUGGUUUUUAAUUUGUCAAAAAUUAUUAUCAAAUGAUUAUAGAAUUGCAAAGAGAAUGAAGAUUGUUAAAUCAAUUAAUCCAGGUAAUAGAUAUUGUUUAUUUGAAAGAUUAAUUCAUUUCUCUUUUAAUCAAAUCUUAACUUAUCCAAUGGAACAAUGGAAAGAUAUUUUUAAAAAUUCUCAAUCAAUUGAUUUAUCAAUUAAUAAUAAUAAUAAUAAUAGUAAUAACAAUUAUAAUAAUAAUUAUAAUAAUUAUGAAAAUUCAUUAGAUUUAAAAAGACAUUUAGAUAUUUUAGUUGACAUUGAUGAAUUUCCAAAUUUAAUUGAAAUUACAUUGGAUUGUAUCACAAGUGAAGGUUCAAGUUUUAAUAGAAUCAUUGAUAAUUUAUCAAAUAAUCAAUUAUGUUCAAAUUUAAAAGUCAUAAAUUUAAAAUUAACAAAUUUAAAUCAUUCAGAAGUUGAUAAUGUUAUUGAAUUCUUUCAAACAAUUUAUAAGAAUAAACAACAAAUACAACAAGAUCUCAAUGAUAAUAAUAAUAAUAAUUUAAAAAUUAAUAUUGAAAUUUUAAAUUCAAAUUGCGAAUUUUGGUUAUUACCAUUAAUUAAUACUUUAUAUGAAAUGUUUGAUGAUGGCAGUGAUGGUUUAAGAAUUAUAUCGCCAUAUCCAGAUGAUAAAUUUUUAAAGAUUCAUAGUAAGAAAUCUGAAUAUGAGUUAACAAGAUAUUAUAGUCAAUGUAAUACAAUAACCAUAACACCAAAUCCAUACCACUCUUAUGAAUUAUUUGAUUAUUAUCAAUUGUCAAACAAUAACAACAAUUCAUCAAUUAAUAAAUUAAUCAUUCAAAAUUGUGGUACUCAAGGUGAAAAGAAUGAAUUUGGUAUUGACUUUGAAUUAAGUUUAUUAUCUCUAUUAGAAAACUCAAAAUCAUUAACUCAUUUACAAAUUAAUAAUAUCACAAAUUUAUAUCAAGUAAUUGAAUUAUUCUCUUGUUUACCUUUAAAUAAUUCUUUAAUUUCAAUAACAUUAAUUAUAAACACUUUGGAAAUUUUAAAUAAUAAUAAUAACAAUAAUUUUAAUAAUUUAAAUAAUAAUAAUAAUUCUAAUAAUAAUAAUUCUAAUAAUAAUAAUAAUAAUAAUAAUAAUAAUAAUAAUAAUAAUAAUAAUAAUAAUAAUAGAAAUAAUAAUAAUAAUUUUAUUAAAAAUAAUUAUAAUAAUAAUUUUAUAAAAAAUAAUAAUUUGGAUAAUAAUAAUAUUUUUAGUAGUAAUAAUAAUUUUAAUUAUAUUAAAAAUAAUAGUUUUAUAGUUGAUGAUGGUGUUUUUGAUGGUAGUUUGUUUAAAGAAUAUUUGAUUCAACUCUUCCAAUUAUUGAACCAAAACCAGACAAUUGAUGAUCUUUAUAUUUCAACCCAUAAUUCUUUCCCUUUGGUCGAUGAUUGGAAUUCUAUUGAAAAAGGUGAUUUCAUUUUAAUUAAUCCCUGUCACUUACAAAGAAAAUUUAAAAAAAGAUAA